AUGAAAAUGAUAGAUUUCGCAUGUGUUGUUAGUAAAGGCGGAGUAGUACUCUGGAACCAAAGCUUCGAUCAUGGAUUCCAAAGAAAUGAAACACAAGAUGGAAGAGGGACAUUAAAUAAACUCAUACGAGAUGUUAUACUAGAGGAACGAGGAGCAAACCAGCAGGCCAGUGUUGAUGGAGUCAACAUAAGAUGGAGGGUGCUACAUUCCAUCGACGCCGUGAUGUACAUUAUAUAUCAAGGGAUACAAAAUGCACAAAGCUUAGAAGAACUUGUAGAAGAGGCAUCUGAGCUUUUUCUAAAACAUGUGAAACAACAACAUGAAAAUGUUACGACCAUUAAUUGGAUCACCGAAACAAUCAGGUUCAACUUUGAUGAAGAAUUCACCCAGAUAUUGUACAAAAUAGGGUCACGAACAGCAAAAGGACAUACAACACAAAAAGACCAAAAUAAUAUACAAAGGAACACAACUAAUAAACAAGAUAACAAUAAGAAACAUGAAAAAACGAAACGAGAAUGGGGAGUAAAAGCAUUCGUAUCCAAGAAAGAUAUGGAUGAAUUGGACUAUUCAACUGAUAAAGAUGCAAGACAAUCUUCCGCAACAGCUUCGAGUCAAAACACAACCACGAAUAACGAUGUUAAUCUAGAAAAUGCAAAUAAAGGUGGUAUCGGAGGGUUCUUCAGAGGAGCCAGGAAGUCAAUCUCGAAACUAUUCGGAAGAAACAAAAACGAACCGCCAUCAAAAGCAAAUAGCGUAGACAAAGCAUCAAAUGCACCAAGUGUACUAGAUACCUUCUCACAAAUGGUACUCAAAUAUGCUGGAAAUAUGGUACUCACACCAGAAGCAAUAGAAGAACCAUUGAAGGAAUUGAAGUUAAACCUAAAUACAAAAAAUGUAGCCAACGAUAUUGCCACAAUGAUAUGUGACUCCAUAUCAGCAGGAUUAGUUGGCAAAAAAACAGCGUCACUCAAAUCAGUAGCAGCAACCGUAAGAGAGGCACUCGAGGACUCCGUUAGGCGUAUACUGACGCCCAAGGAACCCAUAAAUCUAUUAAGAAACGUAUCAGAGGCCAAGGCAAACGGUGAUGUAUAUUCGGUCUUGUUUCUUGGUGUUAACGGGGUAGGCAAGUCGACGAGCCUUGCUAAAGUGACGUACUUGCUCAAAUGUAACGGAUUCAAAGUACUGUUAGUAGCAUGUGAUACUUUCAGAUCGGGUGCUGUUGAGCAGCUAAAGACACAUGCUGAUAAAUUAGGGGUGGAACUUUUUGAAAGAGGCUAUGGAAAAGAUCCUUCCGCAAUUUGCAGAGAGGGACUAAAAUAUGCACGAGCAAAUGCGUUCGAUGUAGUACUAAUUGAUACGGCUGGAAGGAUGCAGGACAAUGAACCAUUAAUGACCGCACUAGCAAAACUCAUACAUGUUAACAAUCCAAACCUACUAUUAUUCGUAGGUGAAGCAUUGGUAGGCAACGAUGCAGUGGACCAGUUACGCAAAUUUAACCAAGCGAUACAAAAAAUGGCAGAAGCCAACGCGGAACUACGUGGAAGACGUAUCGAUGGCAUUGUAUUAACCAAGUUUGAUACUGUAGAUGACAAAGUUGGGGCUGCCCUGUCAAUGUGCUACAUUACAGGGCAGCCGAUCGUAUUCGUUGGCACAGGCCAAAGAUAUACCAACUUGGGAAAGUUGGAAAUAGAUGACGUAGUGCGAGCGCUAACCAGAUAA